AAAAAAAUUUAAAUUCAGCAAAAAUAAUUUCAGUUGAGCAGGGCCUAACAUUUGCAAUAUCUGGAUUUAAGAGGUCAGAUCAACCUUUUACACCCAAAUAAAAAUCGACAGUUUUAGCAGUCCUGAAAUUAUCGAGCGAAACCCGAACUUCAUAUGACACAAUACGAAUGAAACCAAACCAAACCCAGUCCAACUAGAUUAUGUUAUGAUAUUGUGCAUUUACUCUCCGGCAACCAUUGACCAUUCAUCCACCAUAUUGCGAUCAUCAAUAUUUCUUUCACCAUUAUAAUUUGCAUUCUUAGUUUCCAUGAUUUGCAUUCCUCCAAAAUGAAGAUUUGAAGUCAAUAGUUUGGUUUGUUGGCGGCAAGAAGUACCAAAUUAUCGAAUUCCAAAGUUUCUUUUUUUAAGGGAAUGGGAGUUCGCCGGUGUCUUGAAGUGUGGAAGCUGGGCACUGUUAAUUACUUGAAUGCACUUAAGCUGCAGGAGAAGUUGGUUUCUGAUAGAAAAGCUCAAAAGAUAACAAAUACUCUUCUUUCAUUGCAACAUCCUCCUACAUAUACACUCGGAAAGCGUAGAACAGAUCAUAAUUUGCUAGUUCCCGAGCCUGAGUUGGUACAUAUGGGAGCUGAGCUACAUUACACUCAAAGGGGAGGGGACAUAACAUUUCAUGGUCCACAUCAAGUCAUAUUAUAUCCGAUCAUAUCUCUUCGUGAUAUUGGAGUUGGUGCUCGGAGUUAUGUGGAAAAACUUGAGCAAACGAUGAUUGAUCUUGCAUCCAUGUAUGGAGUCGAAGCUCACCCUGGACACAAAGGUGAAACUGGGGUUUGGGUCGAAGAUAGAAAGAUUGGUGCAAUUGGUGUUCGUAUUCAAUCUGGGAUUACAUCUCAUGGUUUGGCAUUCAACAUUGAUCCUGAUAUGAACUAUUUCAAACAUAUCGUCCCCUGUGGGAUUUCAGAUAAGGAAGUUACAUCCUUAAAAAGAGAGACAAAUAUGGAACUUCCUGCUGAAGAAGUGAUUCAGGAGCAGUUGAUACAUUGUUUUGCUAGACAAUUUGAUUUUAGUCCAGUUUUGUUAGAUUCUUAGAUAAAAGCAACAUUUAAUGAAUUUUGUAUUUCCCCGUUGAUCUAACUCUUAAAUUUUCCCGUACAUCAUACACCUACAGUUUUCAUUAUCUGAGACAUAGCUCUUUAGCUUUUUGAAAUGGCCAUCCCUACAAAAGUGAUAAAAAGGGGACAAAAACAGGGGAAAAAAAAAGGGAAAUGUCUUAUACUUCCUGAAACUAUGUAUUGUGGUGAUUCAUGGUAAACAUUGUUAGCGGAUCUGGUGACAAUAUCUGGUAUUACAUGGUUCCAGGUUGAUGGAUGGGAUCAGAAGUCUCAAAGUGGAAAGAGGUUUUGUGCAAGUUUACUUCUACUUGGUUGCCUAUGACAGUGUAAAACAUAAUUGUUGCAGUAGUUCAGUAAAUAUUACAGUAGUUAUAUCUAAUGUAAUUAAUGUAAUAGAUCAAAUAAAAUUACUUAAGGAGCUUUCUUGCACCAUUUAAUUUACAUAGAAUUUGGUAUUGCACUAGGACUAGUCAAAGUCAUGCUCAUAAUAAAACAUGUUGGUUUAUAUUAUGGCAACAAAGUAUGGGAGUGAUGAAAAAUAUAUAUUUUUCUCACAUAUAUUAUAA